CCAGAGCCGUAGAUAGAGAGAGUUUGGCCGCUAUACGAUCUUUGUUAUUACUGUACAAACAUCAUGACGACAAGGACGACAACAUCCGCAUAGAGAUACUGCUGUACAAAGAAGAUUUUUCUAGCCACAAAAAAUGGGUAGUUCUCAUAGUGUUUUUACCGAAGCACAAUUAGAGGAAUAUCAGGAAUUGACUUUCUUCAGCAAGAAAGAGAUAUUACAUGUCCACAAAAGGUUCCACCUCCUUGAUCCUGAUAAAGUAAGAAAUGACAAGAAUGCUAGGCUGAGCAUGGACACAAUACUGACUUUACCUGAGCUACAUGUGAACCCUUUUAAAGAUCGCAUAUGUGCCACGUUCUCAUCUAGUGAUGACAAAAGCAUCUCCUUUGAGGACUUCCUUGAUAUGAUGUCCGUGUUCAGUGACAAUGCACCCAAGUCUGUGAAGGCAGAAUAUGCCUUCAGAAUUUAUGAUUUUGAUGAGGAUGAUUUUAUCGGAAGCAGUGACCUAAGAAAGGUCAUCAACAGGUUGACUGGUGAACAGACUCUAAAUGAUGAGGACAUGCAGCAUCUUAUAAAUAAUAUUUUUGAAGAGGCUGAUCUCGAUGAUGAUGAUCACCUGUCCUUCGCUGAAUUUGAACAUGUGAUCUCUAAAGCUCCAGACUUUGUCAAGUAAGUUGAACAAUUUUCAGUUUAACAUAUUCAAGUCUAAUUGAUGUUUAAUGACAAAAAGAAAAUUG